CUGAAACCAAAACGGUCUGGUUUUACCCGUAGCAACCAAUCACAGCUCUGCUUUCAUUUCUUACGGAGCUCUUGAAAAAUGAAACCUGUGCUGUGAUUGGCUGCAGUUUUUCUUUUACACAGUUUCAUAAAACUCCUCCCAAAAUGGCGUCAUACAGACACACUAUACUGCGGCCCUCGUAAUGCCUAUGGCUCUAUAUCAUACAGAGCCGCAGGGACUUUGUGAGCCGCCAUUCACGUUCCGUCCUGUGCAUGAGGCCGAACACUAAUGACAGAGGAAACCUUAUCUGCAGACAUGUCAGCUAGAGAUUCGUCCAGGUCUCCAUCUCGGGGUUCCAGGGGAUCUUCUCGGGCCUCAAAGACCAAAGAAAAGAAGACCGGGAGCGCAAAGCGGAAAGCCAAACUCUCAGCUAAAAAGCAUGAAGAUUCGGCAGCGUCCACCAGCUCAGGUCACCCUGAAUAUAUUGUUCCCCUGGUUCUAACCUCCAAGACUCAGGAGAUCUUCAGCUGUCGGAUUGAUGAGGAUGUAACCCUUGAAAAUCCAUUUAAGCUCCUAAAGAAAGAAGAAAUUCUCAUCGAUCUAAAGAACAGAGCUGCAGUUUCCGAUUUCAGCCCCUUUAAAGCUAUUAUUGUGGAUUAUCCCGGAGAGGAGCUGCUGCUGGUUUUUGAUAGAGAUUUUACCUAUGGUCAGAACUUUUAUCUUGUUGUUACGGAAGAAGCUAAAGAGUCGAUUCUGCAACCACCAGAACCUGUAACUGAUGAAGAAGAAAAAGAUGAUGAUUCUGAAGUUUUCACUUACGUUCCUCCAGUACCCAGGCCAUGGAUCUCUUUAGGAAGUGAGCUGGAGGUCGAGGAAGAAAUGGUGAAAGAAUCCCAGACCAAGAUCAAAUUCAUGAUUUCACGGAUUCACAGAGAGUUUGGCUCGCAGGUUACUUUCAGCGAUUACAAUGCAUCCGAUGUGAAGGACGGGUACAUGGAAUGCGCUUCUUACCAGGACAAACGGUUCAACAUUAAACCUAAAGAGCGAGACACUGGGAUACAAGUGGUGCCCUUGCUUCAGGAGCAGAGCACCCAGACCAAGUGGACUUACCCUCGAAAUGCUUGUACUCAGUACACACCAAGGGAGUUUACCGAAGAGCAAAAACAAGAAUAUCUGUCCUCUAAGGAUCUGAAGGAAUUUAUCAACUCUGUGUCUUUAAGACUGGAAUUGGCUCUACAGCAAAAUGAAAUCCUGAAUGCCUUUGUCGAUGACUGGAAAGCGUUGUGUGAACAGGAAAGCACUUUUGGCGGCAAAUCUGACUCCCAUCUUAAAGAGUAUCAGUCUUUCACCGACCACCAGUUUGGCAAAGAAAAAACCAUUAGCUGCAUUAGCUGGCAUCCCACACUUCAUGGUUUGGUUGCAGUUUCACUUACAGAACGACUGUCCCUGGAAGAUCGAGUGAACAUUUCUUCUAAACUCAUCUUGAAGCCGUCGCUGAUUCUUAUUUGGAGUCUCAAAGACCCCAUCCGUCCACAGCUAAUGCUUGAAUGUCCAGAUGACAUAUAUUGCUUCCAGUUUUGCCCAAGUGACCCCAGUAUCAUCGCUGGAGGAUGUAUUAAUGGUCAGGUCGUGCUGUGGGAUAUCUCCGCUUACUAUGAACUGCUAACAGCGAAAACUGGAGUGACCAUGAGCACCUCCUCAAAGACAACCCUGGAGCCCAAGCAAUCCAAUGAGCCGCAGCUAGUGCGAUACUGUGCAGUGUCCUCUAUAGAACACGGGCACAGGGAGGUGAUCACUGACAUACACUGGCUACCAGACUUCUUUGAGAUAACUCGGACUGGAUAUCCAUACGAAAAUAAAAGCGGUUACUGCGUCCAGCUUGUGACAUGUUCUCCUGACUGUUCAGUGAUGUUCUGGGACAUCCGCUCACAUAAGCCUAAUGUACAGACAGCGACAAGCAAGAAACAAGCAGAGCGGGAGGCUCCUCUCGGGGUUCCGGAUACCUUCAAACACAUCGAUCUCGUAUGGAAGCCUCUUCUCAAGACCUCAAUUCCUAACAUUCAAACCGGAGGAGAGUUCAGCCCAAUUAAAAUCAGCCUGAGAGAGGAGCAUUACCAUGGCAGGACAGCAGACAAACUACAGGCCCAAAUCAGAGAGGAGAAGUCUGCGGGAGGAAUCAAUUACAGCGGCUUAAGAGCAACGUCUGCCAAGAACGCCAAAAUUCUGGAGGAUGUCAACACAAGUUAUUUUGCUGGAACUGAAGACGGGGAGCUGGUAUACACAGACUGGAAGAUGGAAAAAGAUGGAGACACUGGAAGACUUAUCAGUGCUAAACCCUCACAGAGACACGUCGCCCAUGAUGGACUUGUACACACUGUGCAUAGAUCUCCAUUCCUGAAGGACUUCGUUCUCACAGUUGGGGGCUGGAACUUCGCUAUCUGGAAGGAAGGAGUGACUAGCGGACCGAUCCUUCAGUCGAGUUGCACUCCCAGGAGGUACACCGCAGCCCACUGGUCCCUGUCCAGGCCCGGCGUCUUCUUCAUCGGUAAGGAAGAUGGAAAUGUGGAUAUUUGGGACCUACUGGAGAAGACGCACGAGCCCUCUCAGACGCAGAACAUAUCGGCGGCGGCCAUCACCUACAUUAAACCCUGGAUCGUGUCAGCAAAGCAGCAUUUUCUGGCCGUGGCAGACGACAGCGGCACCCUCCACGUAUUAGAGAUCCCGUGGACCUUACAUCACCCCUCCGCUAAUGAGAGCAGCGAAGUCUUGCACUACUUGGACAGAGAAGUCGUUCACUUGGAAUAUUAUGAACAGAGAAAGACGUUUCGAGCUGCGGAGAAGAGAGCGUUGGAGCUGAAGGACCACAGCAAGAGAACCGUAGGCGAAACGACUCCGCCAGCGAAGUCAAAAGAGCAGCUUGAAGAGGAGAUAAGCCGAGAGUACACGACAUACUUGGCAUUGGAGAACUCCGCUCUGAUAGGACUGGGGAUAAGGAAAGAACGUGAGGAAGUAACCGUGAAAACCUAAAGAGCCUAAGGACAAUUUGUAUAGUGGAAUGAAAUUAAAUAUUAACCCCUUAAGGACGCAGCCCUUUUUCACCUUAAGGACUGAGCCCUUUUUCGCAAUUCUGACCACCGUCACUUUACAAAUUAAUAACGCGAAAACGCUUUUACCGAAUAUUCUGAUUCUGAGAUUGUUUUUUCGUGACAUAUUCUACUUUAUUUUGGUGGUAAAUUUUCGGCGUUACUUGCAACCUUUUUUGGUGAAAAAUCCCCAAAUUUCAUGAAAAUUUUGCAUUUUUCUAACUUUGAAGCUCUCUAAUUGUAAGGAAAAUGGAUAUUCACAAUAAAUUUUAUUUUUCUUCACAAACACAAUAUGUCCACUUUAUGUUGGCAUCAUAAAAUGGACAUAUUUUUGCUUUUUGAAAAAAUUAGAGGGCUUCAAAGUAGAGCAGCAAUUUUCAAAAAUGUCAUGAAAAUUGCUAAAUCUGAAGGGACAGAUGUUACAGAACUACAACUCCCAGCAUGCCUGGGCAGUCGAGGCAUGCUGAGAGUUGUAGUUUGGCAACAUCUGGAGGGCUACUGUUUGGGCACCACUGUAACAGUGGUCUCCAAACUGUGACCCUCCAGAUGUUGCAAAACUACAACUCCCAGCAUGCCCAGACAGCCUUUGGCUGUCUUGGCAUGCUGGGAGUUGCAGUUUGCCCCCUUAGUGGUUGCCACAGUAAAGAUCGAUUUACUUUAACUUUCAAUUCCCCCCCCACUGUCGAUUCCCUACCUGAUCAGGAU